UGUGCCGUUUCGCCACGAUUGUAACUAUUAUGUUUACAAACAAUUAUAUAGAAUUUUAAACUUUGCAACCUCAAUAUGACAUUAGUUUCAGUUCAUCCACAUUGGCAGCUUUUAAUAAUUAAUUAAUAGUUAUUUUAAACUUAAUUAAUUUUUAGGUUAUUAUUAAUUGCUACUUUUGAGGUUAGGCCUAUAGCAUUACCUGUGUUACUACAAGGUGGUUAGUAUUUGAGAUUGAACUCUGUUUACUUUUGGUGUUAUUCAAAAUGGAAAAUAAUAACACCAGUAAGAAGAGUGAUGACACAUUUGACCCAGGAACUGCUAGAUUUGGAAAUUUUAUAAAUUACUACAGUUUUAAUCCUGCUGAUGAGAGGAUCAGAUUAUUGCCUAAUUUCGUUCAGUUUUUAGGUUGUACUACAGAAAGGCCUAGUUCCAGAAUAGUUUGUAUGGACAUUGGAUGCAAUACUGGGGAACUAACUCAAGCGUUGCACACGUACAUAACCAAAUCAGUUGGUGAAAAGUCAGAAUGUCAUAUAUUGGGUGUUGACAUGGAUGAAAUUCUUAUACUACGAGCAAAUGAGAACAACCAUAGUAACUUUCUGACUUUCAAAUGUGCUAGUGUUAUGGAGGAAAAUUUCAAAACUAUAUACAGAGACUACUUAGAACAUCAAGAAAGACAUCAUUUCGACGUCGUUUUCUGUUUUUCAGUAACAAUGUGGAUUCACCUGAAUCAUGGUGAUGAUGGUUUGAAACAUUUCAUUACGUCUGUCAGUGACACAACGAACAUUAUAGUGGUGGAGGCACAGCCCUGGCGAUGUUAUACAAGGGCGGUGAACAGAAUGAAGCACAGCAAAGUCGAGUCCUUCCCGAUGUUUGAUCAACUCAAAAUAAGACAGGAAGUUGAAGAUCACAUAGACAAUCUUUUGACAAAGGAAUGUAAUUUUACCAAAGUCCUGCAGUCUUCACCUACAAAGUGGAAGCGCCAAAUAAAUAUCUAUAAAAGAAAUCAAUGUCAACAGUAAAAAAAAUUCUUAUUUUUUAUGUUUUGUUACUCUUUAACUCUGAUUACAUGGAAAACUAUUCGAGGAGCAGA